CCUGAGGCCUUGCAAUGAAGCGACGCAAGUGAGUCUCCCCGUUCUGCUUCAGAAACCAAUUACACCACGCCACAUUGCAUCAGUCUAUUUCCUGGGGGCGACAGGACAUGGCCAGCUCACCGGGCGAUGGCUUAGGGUGGAAGGGGGACCACCACCAUGAUCAGGAGGAGGAGGAAGAAGAAGAAGAGGAGGAAGAAGAGUGUGAGAGACACGUGUCUCAGAAUGGAGAAGAUGGACUGGAAAGUAGCAUGGAUCAAUGGGACCUCUCCUUCUCUCAGGAGAACCUAGAGGACGUUGGACUCCUGAAAGAGCUGAAGGCCUACCACGAUCAUUCAGCAGAAGGGGAACAGACCUUUGACCUAGGCAACCUUAGAGACUUCAAACAUGGCAGAGAGAGUGCCCAUGGGAGUCCCCCACCUGAUAAUGGUGACUACCAAGAUCAUGAUGGGAUCCAGGAGGAUCUAAGCCCCGUUUCCUAUUGGCAGCUGCAGAUCGAUCAGCGGCUGAGCAUGACAGAAAAAAAGCAGGAUGGUGACAGCUCUGGAGGACUAGAGAAGCAAGGAAAGGCCUGGGAAGCAGGCAGCGAUGGGGAGGCCUACCCGGAACUUUCUUACGAGGGCCAGUGCGGUUCGGAGUGCAGCGCCAGCCCUGAGGCUCUGAGGGAUCCCCUGACUUCAUAUAAGCAUGGCAAAUCUUACAGUUUUACCUCAGACAGUGGGGAGGACUUCUCAGAUGGCUCCAAUGUUAGCCCAUCUCCCUCCAGGGUCCCUCCAGAUCAUAUCCAAUUAAGGAUAGAUGCCUUUGAAUCCCAGAGCCUUGAUGGCAGCUCAGAGUUUCCUGAGGAAACAGAAUUCUCCUCCCCGUCAGCGAGGAGCCCUGAGAGCCACAUACUCAGUUCACCAGCAGAUUCUACACAUUGGACUCGGAACCUCUUGGGUCGCCUCUCUGUGGAAGACCUUCAGAAUUCUCCUGGAAUUGAUGCUGAGACGUUUCCAGAAUCCUCCUAUACGGACAAAGUGGGUGAGCCUACGGGAAUUGUAGUCAAGGUGGACACUGCCAGCGUGACCCGAACAACCAAACGCUAUCCUUCAUCCACUGCUAAGCCUAAAGAGGGGUUAUUAGAUGCCAUUGGAAGAAUGAAGAUGCCCCGUGCCACGAGGCAAGUUGGCAACCGGCCAUCAGAAAGAGUGAGGAGACUAAAAGCAGAUGUACCUCAUGGGCUUCCUUCCAAAUUUAGCAGGCCGUCAAGAUCCCUGAGUCCUCAGGGGAGAGCCAGCCAGAAAAAGCCGAGUUCACAUGAGCGUGGCCCAGUGAGUCAAGUGACCCCAGGUGCAAACAACGCCUCACAGUAUGGCCGAGGGCAGCUCAACUACCCACUACCUGAUUUCUCUAAAGUAGAGCCUCGAGUUAGAUUCCCUAAGGAUCCACAAGCUUACCACCCUCCCCGGGGGAAGUCUCCCCCUGCGAGAUCCAAGGACUCAGGGAGGCCCGUGAUCUUCAAAUCUCCUGCUGAGAUAGUCCGCGAGGUGUUGUUGAGCAGUGGGGAAGGCUCACCUCAGAAAUGCCCAACUCCCACUGACGCUGUGAUUCCAGAAGAAUUCAAAUCCCCCAGACAAGCCACAGAGCUGGUGCAGCAGCUUCAGGAAGACUACCACAAGCUUCUGACUAAGUAUGCGGAGGCCGAGAACACCAUUGACCGGCUGAGGCUGGGUGCAAAGGUGCGCCUGUAUGCUGACCCUCCAAAACCCCACCAGGGUGUCCAAAUGGGGACAAUAUCUCAGGGCUUCAAGGUCAUGACCUUCAGCAUCCCCCAGAUCAGAGCAGCAGAAGUGACAGGGGGGUCUGGUCCAGUUCUGGGUGCCACGUCAAGUCAAGGGCCUUCAAGACAGCAGGCUGAAUCUUCUCUUCCUGAUUCGGUGGAUGCUGGUGGUCCCAGAGCAGAUGGCUUCACCUCCACGGAAAACCCAUUCUCAGGGGAUCACUUGACAAAGGUGUUGGCUGCCCAGGCAAGAAAGUUUCAGAGCCAGGUGGAAUCCCUGGAGGAGUUAAUUCGGACUGGGAGGCUGAUGCCAGAGGACCAGUUGAAGGCAUUUGCAAGGCUCAAGGAAGCCCAGGGUGCCUUGGAACGGACCUACCUGCAGGCCCGGGAAGAUCACAGGCAGUUGCAGAACCAGCCUGCGGGGGCGCUCGGAGAUUUUGAUCCAGAUCGAGCGGUGGAAGGAGAGAUAUUCCGCCUGGAGAUGCGCUUGGAAGAGCUGAAAGAGAGAAUUGACCAGGCGACUCAGCCAGCCCCGUGGAGCAGCUCUGAGGCAGCUGUGGCCCCUGACUAUCGGCCUGCAGAGGCUUCAGGCAUGCAAAUGGGGUCUCCAGCACCAUCCAUUCAAGCCCCAGUCCCAGUUGUCCGCACUCCAUACCCUCAGGCUCCCAUUCCUAAGGACUGCCCCGGUCAAGUCCAGAUUGCGGUAGAAGUGAGCUCCAUCAGCGAUGAGGCUGAGGAGUAUGAGGAAGGCCUCCCGGAGCCCCUCUGCCUCAAGCAGCUUCAAGUAGAGAAGGACUUUGACAACCUCCUGGACCAUUACAGCAGCUUCAAGUCUUUGCCAGAAGCUAUGAGUUUGGAACAGCUGCAUCUACACAAUCAUAGCUUGUCCCCAGAUGCCCAGAUGCCCCAGAUGCACAGUCAUAGCUUGUCCCCAGACAGCACAACUGCAAGGGAUGCUGGGACAAAGGACAAACAUCACAGAAAGGUUUCUGAAGAUAAUGAGACCAUUCGCAUCUCAUCCUCCAAGCAGUUGCCAAAGAGGAUGCCUCCUGAGCUGUCACCAGAAAAGACCAUCCCAGUGUCCUCCAUCCAAGUGGAGGAAUCCAUUCCUCGGAGAUUGGCUGAGGAAUGCAGACCCUCUCCUGCAGUUCCCAGGAAUUCUUCUGGCAGGCAACAGGUGCCACUCUCGCCUCAGGGAAGCACGGCAAGCAUCAGGGGCAGCGCCACUUCGGAACGUGCAGCCCGAAAGUCCUUUCAGAAGACAAACGUGGCAUUAUCUGAGGAUUUACGCAUUGUGUCCCCAGAGACAGACAGUGGAUUUGUGGGGUCCGAAGCCAGCAGGGUCUCUCCCUUGGCACAGCUGCCAAAGCCACGUUCAUCCCGCUGUAGGUCCCAUAGCAUGAUAGGAAAACUUCCUCCAAAGAUGCCUGAUUCGGAUGGUCUCCUUCAGCUGGCAUCUAGGAGGACAGAAUCUGCAGCAGUGGAGCCACCGGUGACUGAUGUGUCAGCCAGGCAUACCCUGCCAGAAGGAGGCACACAGAGACACAGUGUUCACAGCGGCAGCUCCUUCCAGAUGGGCUCACCUCCCCAGUGGACAAACAGCAUUGCCAGUGAGACAGAGCCAGGCACAGAUAGCACUCACACAGACUCUGAAGGUGAGGUUCACGGCAGAAUCAGCACUUAUAAUGCCCAUCCUGAUGAGAUGAGGCAUUCUCCAAGUUUCUCUGCCACUUCACUGUCCCCAGCCACAGCUCCGUGGCACAGCCUUCUAGAUUCCCGCUUGGAACGAGACCAAGCUAUUAUGGCUUUGAAGAAUGAGGUCUCGCAGCUGCGGCAAAGCCUGGAGGAAACUCUCCACCAGCCUCACGGCCAUCCAAAGCAAUCAUCCUCCCCCCGUGCCUCUGUGGCCCGACUGCCGUUCCAGGGCAGCACUCGCAUCCCCAAGAGUGCCAGUCAGAUGGGCAAAACUUCAGGGAAAGAUACUGUUGGAUCUGAAGAGCCAUGUUUGGAGACCAAACCAAAAAGAUGGGAAAGGAGAUCAUCUUUUCCACCAAAUGAGACCCAGCUGGAUCUCAGCCCUUCAGAAUCGGACUGCUCUCCACCAAGGCCUCAGGAAAGUAAGUCCCAGGAAGCUGCCUCUUCUAGGAUAGAAUCUCAGAAACAGUCCAUCUUAAAAGGACCUUAUACAGGAACACGGUACCCCUUGUCUACACCUUUGUCCCCAAAACCAAAGGUUCAGAAACGUCCUGACUCCUGCCCCCAUUGCCAAAAGAUCAGAUCGCAGCCUGUAGAAGAACCCAAGAGUGAGCCAAAGGCUUCGGAGACGGAAGGCUAUCAUCUCCCCUCCACUGAUUCAUCCAAAUCCAGCCAGCAUAGCACUCAAAAGAAGAUGGGACUAUGUCCGCUGUGUAAAGAUACCAAGAAUCACAGGAGCAAACUGGUGAAUGGGGUGGACCACAGCAGAGAAUUCACCUCAUCACAAGGCCACAGUGAAGAAGAAAAGCGCUGUAAUCGACAGCAGCCGCAGCAGCCCGGGCUGUGGUAUUGGGCUCUCCCAUCCCCAGCUGCAUCAGUUGGCUAUGUCCCCACCGUUCCCUUGGCAACCUAUCUCCCAUCAUCUGUAAUCUACUGUUCACCACCAGCACCUACCUCAGCUUCCUCUCCAGCUGGUGUUCCUGUGAACGUAUCCACCAGGGAUCAAGCUACAGCACCAAGAACUUGGUCCUUGGGGAUGCAACCCCAAGGCCACUCCUGCUCCUUGAUGCUCAACUUGGAUGAGAUGCAGGACCUCAGCUGGGCUCUGAACCAUGCCAUUGAAGCCGCCAAAGGUGUGAAGCUCACCACCAAGCGGAUGAGCAGGUCUCUAACAUCAGAACUGAGCAAAACUCGAAGCCUGCGGGGGUCCUGCCUCUUCUAAUAGCAGUGCACAAUGGGACCCUGUCCCCACCCCUUUUACCAAGGAAACGUGGACCAAGAUGCCCAACUUACAGAAAAGAAGUCUUCUUCAGGAAACAUUUCUUAUGUGUUUAAGUGCCAAAGAACAACACCACAACCCCUUAACCUUCCAGGAGGACAUCCCCUUAGUUGUUGGGGGCUAACAAGGCCAUGGGUAUCAUGGAAAGCUGCAACCAAAUCUCGGCUGGAAGGCUGGCCGUUUCCACACGCUCUUACAGGGAUGGCCCACUCACGGAACGCUGGCAGCUUUUCCCCAGGAAUCCAGACGUCUCCAUUUUCAAAACAGUUGCGGGCUGUUUGGCUUCCAUUUUGUCACCACCUUUUCUGGGUUCCUGGAAAGUGCUCCUUGCUUUUCCACAGAGGAAACACACACACACACACACACACACACCCAUUGGGAGUUUUCAUUAGGUUUCAAAGGCACGUUGCCUUCCCACCACAUGAAGAAAAAGCACAACCGUUUCCCAUUUCUUGCACUACCUCCUGUCCUUGCUUUGUGCUGCUUCCACACAGAAGUGGGAAAAGGCCGAGUGUCCCCCUGAUGUAACUUUCUGGUACAAAUCACAAACUAGGCAGAAUUUUCUAGGGCAGCAGAAUGGCACCACACUUCCCCUGGCAUCCCUGUAGGUAAAAACUUUGACAUUUGAAGGUUAAAAAAAAAGACAAUGCAGGAUCAUCUCAGGGAUGCUGAAACCGACUCAUGGCGUGUAAUGCUGAUCACUUUCUACCGUGUAGAACAGCAGGAUUUGAGUCCAGUGGCACCCCUCAGAGAUCAACAAGAUUUUCAGAGUAUUAGCCUUCAAGCAUAUACCCUGAAAAUCAUAGUCUCUAAAAUGCCUCUGGAUUCAAAUCAUGUUCUACUGCAGAUCAACAUGUCCAGGGCUUUUUUUCAGCAGGAACGUGGAGGGCAAUCAAAACUACCCUCUGUCUGGAGAUCAGGGGGUGGGGCCACUGGCCAUGUGACCAUUUUUGCCGAGGGCGAUUUAAACUUUCCAGCUGACCCAAAGUGACAUCAUUGUGUGGUCCUGAGUCCCACCACUGAGUUCCACCACCUCUUUUUCCAGAAAAAAAGCCCUGAACAUGACUAGCUACCUGAAUCUACCCCUAUAGGAAGAGGCGAGCCCAAUAUGAAUACCUUCGGAAACUGGAAGCAAGGCCCUUUUUGUGAAGCAAGGGAUAAGGGGGGAUUUUUUUAAAAAGGGGAGGCACUUACCUUAUUUUUUGCCUGUGAAUCCUUACUGUAGCCUUAGAACUUCCCCUGUUGGGAAUAUCCUCUUCAGACUACUCUUGGUUUCACCUUUACCGCCAUCAUUCUUUGCCUUAAGCCCUUGGACUGCUCAGCAACAGCCGCUUUGUUCAAGUUCAGAGCAGACCCUGUUGCACAGAGGGUAAUGGACGUGGCUUCUCUUUGUUGGCCAGUCAGUUAUUUAUUUGUAAGGAGCUCAGCGACCACAAAGGACACUCUUAAGGCACCAAGGAACCACUGCUGGUUGCCUGAAGGGAGAACAUCUGCACUUUAGUUUGCAUCAACUUUUCUCUUCACCGAGCCAUACCAGAAACAAUGGCUGGCAUUUGUGGAGCAAGACCUAUCUUGGGCCUGGUGCAUGCAUCCCUGUAAAGAGCAGGUCAGAAGAAGGUCCUAGAAAUGCUGUUGGCCUGCAUCUGCUCCCGCAGUACUUACCUCAGGACUGUUAAG